AUGGCUCCCUGGGCAGGUGCUGAGGCCCCACUUGGAUCUGGGCUCUGUUUGGGGGUUGCAUGCCAUGAUGCCCACCCAAUACUAGUUCUAACACUCUUUGCCAGUGUGUUGGUGACUCGGCUUGAGGCUGCUAAACUCACUGUGGGCUUCCAGGCUCCCUGGAACAUCUCCCACCCAUUCAGUGUGCAAAGGCUGGGCGCGGGCCUCCAGAUUGCCAUGGACAAGGUCAACUCAGAGCCCUCGGACCUUGGAAACUUCAGCUGGGAGUUCACUUUUACCAACUCAACCUGCAGCGCCAAGGAGUCUCUUGCUGUUUUCACCAACCAGGUCCAGAAAGAACAGAUUUCUGCCUUGUUUGUACCAGUGUGCCCAGAAGCAGCAGAGGUUAUUGGUUUGCUGGCUUCUGAGUGGAAUAUCCCCAUGUUUGACUUUGUUGGACAAACAGCAAAACUGGAGAACGACUCCUUGUAUGACACCUAUGUGAAGCUUGUGCCACCCCUGCGUGAACUUGGUGAUGUGCUCCAGAAAACUCUCCAGUACCUGGGCUGGAAACACAUUGGGAUGUUUGGAGGUCACUCUGGGACUUCCUCCUGGGAUAGAGUGGGUGAGCUGUGGAGGGCUGUAGAGAAUGAACUCAAACCCCAUUUCACCCUCACUGCCAGGAUCAGCUACAGCAACAAUGAUCCAGCCCUCCUGCAAGAAAAUCUUAGGUACAUGUCAGCAACUGCCAGGGUUAUUAUCUUAAUCUGCAGCUCAGAGGAUGUGAAAACCAUUCUGCUGGCUGCAGAGAACCUGGGACUCCACACAGGAGAAUUUGUCUUCGUCGUUUUGCAGCAGUUGGAGGACAGUUUUUGGAAGGAGGUAUUAACAAAUCAGAAUGGGACACACUUCCCCACCAUCUAUGAGUCUGUGCUUGUCAUCACCCCCAGCUCUUCCGGAGAAGGUCCUGAAGAGGAAGGCUUCCGACAAGAAGUCUACCAGAGGCUGAGGGGGCCACCUUUCCACAGCUCCAUCUCUGCAGAGGAGCAGGUGAGCCCUUACUCUGCCUACCUUCAUGACUCGGUCCUGCUCUAUGCUCAGACUGUGAAAUUCAUGAUCAAGGCUGGAAGAGAUUUCCGGGAUGGACGGCAGCUGGUCAGCACUCUGAAAGGUUUUAAUCAGACCACAUUGCAGGGAGUCACUGGCCCAGUGUUUGUGGACUCCCAGGGAGAAAGAUGGGUGGAUUACUCGGUCUAUGCCCUACAGAAAUCCAGCAACGGGUCCCUCUUCCUUCCUGUUCUUCACUACGACAGCCAUCAGAAAGAAAUCAGACCCGUGAGGAAUUUCUCCACUAUUACUUGGCCCCAUGGCUCGCUUGCUGCAGACAGACCUGGCUGUGGAUUUGACGAUGAGCUCUGUGAAAGCGAGCUUGCUUUUACAGGUGUGACUGUUCUGAUUCUCCUGAUGACCUUCCUGGUCACUGUCUUGGGAGCUGCCAUCAUAGGCCUGAUUUUAAGGGUCCAGAAGGGAAAACUGCAGAGGCAAAAUGGAGACAUUUGGUGGCAGAUCGAUUAUAACGCCAUCACUAUUCUGCCCCAGGACAAGCCAGCCCGGAGGGGCACACCUGUGCUGAGAGAGAACAGCCACGGGUCUAGUGUGAAGAUUUCCGGGGACUUCAGCUCCUUUGUCCAGAGUCAGCAGGGGGAAGCGCUCUUUCACGCCCCAGUAGGGCUUUACGAGGGAAACCAUGUGGCCAUCUGCUAUGUUGGUGACCAAGCAGAAGCCAGGAUCAGGAAGCCAUCUGUGCUGCAGGAAAUCCGGCUGGUGUAUGAAUUAAGGCACGAAAACAUUGUUCCCUUCUUUGGUGUCUGCACAGAACCUCCCAACAUCUGCAUUAUCACUCAGUAUUGCAAAAAAGGGAGUCUUAAGGAUGUUUUGAGAAAUUCAAAUAAUGAAAUGGAUUGGAUAUUCAAGCUCUCAUUUGCAUAUGACAUAGUCAAUGGCAUGCUGUUCCUUCAUAGGAGCCCACUGAGGUCCCAUGGAAACCUGAAGCCUUCCAACUGCCUGGUGGAUGGUCAGAUGCAGGUGAAGCUGUCAGGAUUUGGGCUGUGGGAACUCAAGUACGGCCAGACAUACAGAACAUAUAAUGAGAAAACAAAAGACCACUCAGAGCUCUACUGGACCGCCCCAGAGCUGUUGCGGCUCCCAGAGGCGCCCCGGUCAGGAACCCCAAAGGGAGACGCUUACAGCUUCGCCAUUGUGAUGAGGGAGCUGAUCCACCAGCAUGCUCUCGGGCCUUUUGAGGACCUUGACGAGACACCAGACGAAAUCCUCAGCCGAAUCCGAGACCCCAGGGCAUCAGUUCCACUGCGACCUUCCCUGCAAGAGGACAAGGUCAAUGAGAAGAUUGUGAUCCUGGUGAGAGCGUGUUGGGAUGAGUCGCCUGAGAAAAGACCCACAUUCCUUUCCAUCAAGAAAAUUCUACGAGAUGCCAGCCCCAAAGGCCACGUGAGCAUACUGGACAGUAUGGUGAGCAAGCUGGAAGUGUAUGCCAGUCACCUGGAGGAGCUGGUGGAAGAGAGGACCAACCAGAUGAUGGCAGAGAAGAGGAAGGUGGACAAGCUUCUGUCCACAAUACUGCCCAGCUUCAUUGGAGAACAGCUUAUAGCUGGAAGGUCCGUGGAACCAGAACAUUUUGAGUCCGUGACCAUCUUUUUCUCUGACAUCGUUGGAUUCACAAAACUCUGUUCUCUCAGUUCUCCCUUGCAAGUUGUGAAGCUCCUCAAUGACCUCUACAGUUUAUUCGAUCACAUCAUUGAAACUUACGACGUGUAUAAGGUCGAAACCAUUGGAGAUGCAUACAUGGUGGCUAGUGGACUUCCCAUCCGCAAUGGAAGUCGGCAUGUGGAGGAGAUUGCCACCAUGGCCUUGCACUUCCUCAGUGCCACUGUCCACUUCCAGAUCGGGCACAUGCCUCAGGAGAAGCUCAGGCUCCGCAUCGGCCUCCACACAGGUCCUGUGGUGGCUGGUGUGGUGGGAACCACCAUGCCCAGAUACUGUCUGUUUGGAGACACCGUGAACAUGGCCUCCAGAAUGGAAAGCAGCAGCCUGCCUCUCCGGAUUCAUGUCUCUCAGAGCACCGCAGGCGCCCUGCUGGCAUUGGGAGGAUACAAUUUGCAAAAGAGAGGCACCAUUUCAGUCAAGGGCAAAGGAGAACAAACAACUUUCUGGUUGAAAGGCAAAGAAGGCUUCUCUAUUCCCCUCCCCGAAUUUACUGAGGAAGAGGCUGAAAUCCCAGAGGUCUUCUGAGCAGACGAAGAUGAAUGAGCCCAUCUGUCCUGCUGUGCACAUUUCCUCCUUUGCACAGAGAAGAGGAUUCCAUGUGGAUUUAUUCCGUGGUUCUGUAAUAGAUGUGCUGAACCGUGAAUGCAUCUGCAGUCCUUUUUCUACGCCUUGCAACUCCUUGCGUCCAGAUGAUCUUCCGUGGGGCUGCUCCUGAACGUGGCAGUGCAAUUCCAAUGAUGUAUCGUGUCCAUGUCCAAGACCUGUUGAAUUUCCCAUGUCUGAAGAGGGGAAAGCCAACGGGGAUGGGGAGGUAUCACUUUGUUUUGUUUUUUAGCAUGGCCACUGCGCUGCCUUUGUGGAGGUAUUUUUGAGCCCUGCAUAUAUAAAUAAACUGCCUUUUGGUGGAUUGAGAGUGUUUAAAACCAACUUUUUAAAAGGUUUGGUGGAAUUCUUGCCUUUCUUCAGUAAGAAGGGCACCAACUAGUGGCCAAAGGAAGUGCUUUUCAAAUGGUCCCGUCUCCAUCAAGCUCCUGACCUCUGGGAGUGUGGCAACUUCCGAAUUCUCAAAUGGUCCCGUCUCCAUCAAGCUCCUGACCUCUGGGAAUGUGGCAACUUCCAAAUUCUCAAAUGGUCCCUUUUCCAUCAGCAGAACUUUUCUUCAGCUCAGAGGUGGGCGACUGAACUCUGGGACCUACACAGACUCCACUUUCCAUGUGGAUUCCAUUUUCAUUGUAGUAGGUUCGGCUGCUCUCCGAAGGCCUCCAGCAUCAAAGGGGAAAGCUUUUGACUGAUGCUCAGAGUGGGGGAGGGCAGAGGCAUUUAUAUGAAAGAACAGAGCGCUUCCCCUGCUACCCCAGCAUGGUGACAGUGGGCCUACAUGUAUCUCCUCAUGCCUCUUAACUUCUUCCCUUGUUUGGGAUUGGGCCUUCUGGAUCCCAGACACCAUGCUCCACCACGAAAGGGAAUAAGGCAAGUUCUGCUCUGAGGUCACUUAGAGAAAUGGGCCAGUCCCCAUCCAUCCAUCCAUCCAUCCAUCCAUCCAUCCAUCCAUCCACCCAUCCAUCCUUCCAUCCAGCUGAACAUUUAAUUAAUUCAAGGAGAAUU